AUGGGAGGGACAUACGAUCCGAAGAAAGGAGAUUGGUGGAUGUCUUAUGGGAAUGAUACAUAUGUGGGAUGCUGGCCAGCCUGUGUGUUCUCUCGCCUCUCUGAGAGUGCAACAAAGAUAAUGUGGGGAGGUGAAGUUGUGAACUCAGAAUCUAAUGGACAACACACCACAACACAAAUAGGAAGUGGCCGUUUUCAAGAAGGUGGUUUUAGGAAAGCUAGCUUUUUCAAGGAAAUUAGAAUUAUUAAUGGCAAUAAUCAAGCCAUCCCUCCCAAUGACAUUCACACUUACACUGACCAAUCUAACUGCUACAAUGUCCAACUUGGUACUUUUAAUAAUUGGGGCAAGUACUUUUGUGGUGGUGCUAGGAGAAACCCUGAUUGCCCAUGA